AUGCCUGGUGAAACGAUCCAGCAAGACGGGUACUUCUAUAUUGUUGAAAAAACAUGGGGUAGAAAAAAAAAAAAUUCCAAAGGUUGUCCAGUUCGUGGUGUUAAAAUUUUAAACAACCCGAUCGAAUUUUCUCCUUCACUGCGGCAUACUCAUGCGUACGAUUUACUUACCAUUGAUGUUAAGAGUUUUAAGAACGCAUUAAUCGCAGCUUCUAAGAAACAUUUCUAUUCUAUUGAUGACAUUUAUUUUAAUGUUUCAAAAUCUCACGUUGAUGAAAUUAAAACAAGAUUACCAUUAAAAAUGGUUAAACCAGGAAUGCGUAAUCAUCAAAAGAAGAUGGCUGCCAGCUUGCCGAUGUUAAAUACUUAUGGUGAAGUCGUAGAUUUUCUUACAGAGCAUAUAAGUUUGACAAAAUAUUCUGCAGAUAAACUUAUCACAUUGCGUAAUGUGGGAGACGAUGCUCUACUACUUGGGGACCCUGGAUUCGCGGCAUCAUGUCAGUUUGAUACAUUACACAUGAGUUCUACCAUCAAUGUUCUUCCUGCUUUUGGAAAUACUCGUAUCCUUACUUUUGUCUUAGGACAAUACGAACAUUAUGCAUUUCUUAUUGGGAUUGUACUGUGGGCUAGACAAACCGCAGAAAUUUGCACGGAAAUACUUCGUCAGAUUAAAUUCUUCUUGCUCCCUAAUAUCAACUUAUCAAAAAUCUACGUGGACUUUGAUUUACAAAUUUUUGUGAAAGUUUUUCCGGAAAGUAAUAUUCAUGGCACCUACAACAAUUACUGCCGCAUAUUAUACCAUGAGUCUUAUGAGAAGAAUGUGAGAAUCGUUAAUCCUUCUCAUGAAGAAUUUUUAAAAAGCUGUUUUUCUCUUAUUCUUCUACCCCAUGAGAAAAUAGAGGAAGGUUUUAACGAGUUGGUGAACAAUCUGACACACGAUGCAAAUGUUCAGCUUACAAAUUUCAUUGGGUACUUCAGGACGACGUGGAUACAAGGGGUAGGUCCGAUAAAUAUGUCUCUUUUUGAGGAAACGGACAGUUUAAAUACUGUACCAGUCUUAUUUUGGACAUCUCUUCACAAUGACAUGGGCGAAAAACCUUCACUAUGGAAAUUUUUUGAAAAAUUGAUAGUUACCAUCAGCAAAUUUAAUAAAGAACUUGAACGCAUAAAGAACAAAAAAAAUGCAUACAUCUCUACUGCCAUAUCUGUUCGCUUAUGCUGCAAUAAAAACUUAAUGAUCGACCUGUGGAAGACUUUGAAGAAGUCGAAAAUAACACUAUUACAAUUUUUGAAGACUGCAGCUUCUUACCAGGUUGAUCAUUAUCAUGAUAUACUUCAUCAUGCAGAAGCCAUGGAAGAUGAACAGUUGGAUAUUUACCCCCAAUUACCGGAAGAAGUUGAAGCAGAAGUUCAUGACAAUGAUGAUCAACAAGGGAUCGAGAAUGUUGAGUUUGCUGAUUAUGAUAUAGAAAAUGAAGUUGUUGAAAAUGAAGAUGAAGAUAUGGAGGAGUCAGGAGAUGAUGAAAUCCCUCAGGACAGGUGUCAAAUAUGCAUCAAGGGACCGCGGGAAAUUAUUGUCCACCCUUGCUGCCACUAUCGUAUGUGCCAAGUCUGUUCAAAAAAAGUGCAGAAGACAGCUCAAGAGAAACGUCUCCCGUUAAAAUGUCCAUUUUGUAAUGAGCUGGCGCAAAUGUUUUGUCGUGUUUUCUAA